AUGCACGAAGGCAAAACCACCAUCAUCACGACGCCAGAAGCAGGAGUGAGGGCCCUUAAAGAAUGGGGCCUACCACCGCCGCAGCUCCCAGCCGAGGCAACAGACCGUAACAAACUUCGCAGUUCGCAGAACCUGAAGACAGAAUACCCGAAGGCCGCUAGAAGUGGCAAGUACACAAAGGAAUGA